AUGGUGAAGACCCACGAGGCCACACGUUCCUCCCCCGCUAUUGGAGGGCAUAACACCGCCAAGACCAUCAGCACUGACAAUGAACACAGCGAUGAUCAAGCAAAGACGUCAAUGCCGUCGACGACGGAGCCUUCUGCAGUGGCAGAUAACGAUUCUGAGUGUGAGGAUGAGGAGUAUAACAAUGAAGAUGUUCGUCACACCAAACCUACUAGUCACCGCAGUUGUGCUGGAGGUGGUGGCAGUGGAAGUGCAAAUGGUUCGGGAAACUACGCCAUGGGAAGUCAAUGUUUAGAUUCAGGCAUGCUUUUGCGUCAGGGGAUUUCUCUCUGGGCACGAUCAUCCUCACCCGGAGAUUCUGUGGAAGUCGUGGCCACGGCCACCACCAGUGCACCCGCUGGUGCGACUGGAGGUCCAGCUCCACCGCAUCCGACCUCCUCCGUGACAGGUGCGGUGAACAAUCGGUCCUAUGUGAAUCUGCAGAACCCGCGUCCAUCCGCUGCGAGGACACCACUUGGAAAGCAACACCAAGCACCUGCCUCCGGUGGCAAUGCUGGUGCCAAUGGUGGUGGGUCGCGUGAGUACUUUUACUUUUGUCUACUGUUACUUUUGUACAUCGUAUUUGAUACAGAUCUGUGGUAA